CAGCUACUUGUAGCCUACUGCUUUCGGAUAUAUGUCGUCUGUUUACAAUUUUUUUCUUCUCGCUUCUAGAAUUUUCAGUCGUCUGUUGAUGAUUUGGGAAUAUUUCAAGGAUACCACAUCUGUUACUUUGUUUGGAAAGAGCAAUUCGUGUCGUUCGUGUGGAUAGUGGAGUUUUAUUGUUUGAGAAAAUGUUGGUUCCAAGUUUUCACACAUUCAAGAAGUUUUUGGUUCACUUUCUGCUAGUUCUGCUUUUCCAGAACAUCGGCAUCUUUUCCGCGAAUCUGUCGACAUUUCGCAGCCUGUUCACCCGAAUGAGUCAGCUCCAGCUGUCGGCGUUGCCCAACAAGGUGGUCAAGAACGCAUCCGUCGAGUCGUGCGCUGCCGGCUGCGUCAAGGAGACCGACUUCGAGUGCAAAUCGUUCGACUACGACAACGCCAUCCGCGAGUGUCACCUCCAUAACAACACCCACGAAGACCUCGUUGCCAUCCUCAAGGUGGCGCCCAACGUCGACCACUACAGAAGUGCUUUCCAGAAACUUUUCAAUCGUCUGCCCAACCAGGUCGUCACGAUCAGCCAUAACCGGAAUGUGCCGCGGGUGAGCGUGGAGGAGUGCGCGCGCAGGUGCGUGUUUGAGAUGCAGUUCCACUGCCGCGGGUUCGACUACGAGCAGGAUCGGAAGAACUGCUGGCUGACAGACGACACCCCGCAGUCCUCGGGCGGGGUGCUCAUGAGGCACGGCGUCGACUACUAUGAAAAGAGAAAUGAUGGUCCCCUAUCCAAAUAUGUGUGCUAUGGAUUCGGAUCUCUACCUCCAAUGGAGGGGUAUCAGAUAUACAACAAAGUGAUGCUGGGCGUCACGCUCGACGCAUGCGCGCAGCUGUGCACGGCGGAGACUAGUUUCCAGUGCGCUAGUUUUGACUACAUGUUCACGACCCAGGCGUGUCACAUGAGCCAGUACGUGGCGGCAAACGUCAGAGGCAUGGACACAAACAUGACGCCACAGUACCGAGUCAUGCAUUACGAGAAGAAAGAGAAGUUCCUGGAGUAUUUCUAUGCAACACCAUAUGCUGUUGUGUUAGGCCACAACAAGAAAACCUAUCACCGCGUGACUCCCAACAGGUGUGCCAGAAACUGUCUGGAACAGAAAGAGUUCGUCUGUAGAUCGUUUGACUAUCAGAUUCAAGAAGGAACUUGUCUUCUGAGUACCAAAACCGGAAGUGAUGUUGGUGGUCUCUAUUACCAGGGAUUGGCCCAAGUCCACCAUUUUGAAAUGAAACCGUUUUUAGACUGCGGUGGAGUACUGACCAGUGAGUCUGGGAAUUUCGCCAGUCCCAACUGGCCCCGGAACUACGCUCACCACUUGAAUUGCUCCUGGCAGAUCCGGGUCCCGCGAUACAAGGUAAUUUUGUUCACCUUUGUCCACUUUGACCUUGGCCGACAGACGAGGAACCCUUGCGAUGACGCCAAUGAUAAACUGGUCAUCGAGGAACUCACCACACAUGGACUCGUCCGAUUCUGCGCUGCGCUGCACCUCGGCGGUUACGUCAGCCAGGCCAACAACGUCACCAUGCAGUUCGUCACCAAUGCGCAGCACGAUGCGCAGGGAUUCAGAAUAACAUACAAAUCAGACUGGCCGUGCCACGCCCUGCUGAUCGAGGAUAACGGCGAGUUCGCGUCUCCCGGCUGGCCCGCACAGUACCCCGCCAACUCGGACUGUCUGUGGACGAUCCACGCCCCACACGACGCUAGGGUUCACCUCCGCUUCACCAGCAUCGACCUCGAGCCGCACGGCGUCGGCCACUGCAGCGAGCGAUAUGACGCCAUCGAGGUCUACGACGGCGACUCACCCGUGGCGCCCGUUCUCAAACGAUUCUGCGGUUCCGAGGUAGCCCAGUCCGUGACGUCAUCGUACAACAUACUGUUGAUAAAGUUCACCUCCGACAGCCGCGUAGAGAGAACAGGCUUCCAUGCCACCUACAUGUUCGUGUACAGGCUAACCACAACGACGACGACGACGAAAGCGCCGACGACGACGGCGAAAGCAAGGGAAGAUUAUUCUCAUAUACAGGCGAGCAGCGAUUUGAUCCAAAAAGCGCUGACUGCAAUGUUCUUCGAACCAGCGCCGGAGUACCCCGACGGUAAUAUAUUCAGUACGAAGCCUUAUACAGUGCUGUCAGCAACUACCACGACGUAUAUAGUCAAUGUUAAACACGAUGACAUCGACGGGACGGGGAAUGGAGUAGAUAAGACCAACAAUUACUAUAACAACGGGGUGUUCAUCAAAACCAUGUGGAUCCUCGUCGUGUCGCUUCUAGUUCUACUUAUCCUCGUGGUCCUCGUUCUAGCGCUCGUCUGCAGAUACUACAGAAGGCGGAUACCAAAAAGAAGAAAUGUACCCAAUUUUCCAUUUACAGAAGAAAAUCUAUCUUUAUAUGAAAAGAAAAACGCCGUGGACGUCGAGAGUGAAGACCACGACUGUCUUGAUACAGUAGUCAGUGAACCGGAUUUUGAUUUAGUCCUUGACCCUGAUAUCGCCUUCUCCAAUCCGCUGUACGAGCAACGGUAUCCGAAUAGCGUGGAGGACAACGACGCCAGUCAUCUGAGUCAUGGUUGAGAAAAGUGCCUGCUAGUGUGAUGUUUUCUUACUGCGGUUCUAGAUAACACGACACCAGGUGCGGCUUAGGACGAAAUUGUACCAGCCUUGUGUGAUGUUCUCUUCCUGCAGUUCUAGAUAAGACAAUACCAGAUCCGGCUUAGGGUGAAAUUGUACCAGCUUUGUGUGAUGUUUUCUUACUGCAUUUCUAGACAACAAGACACCAGAUACGGUUUGGGAUGAAAGUGUUCCAGCCGUGUUCGUGUUGUUCUUGCAAAAUGUUCGGUGUAAUGAGAAAAUCAUAUGAUGGCGGAUGAGGUUUCUGCACAUUGGAGAUACCAUAUGUUCAAACAGUUCGAGAAUUGGUUUUCCAAAACAGCAAAUCGCAUAACGAGGGGCUAUGGGAUACCAUUCACCCUAACUCUGGAGAUUAUAGAUUGUCCAUACAGAACCUCAUUUGUAAGGGCAAUUAAUGUCAUUGUCACCGGAUAUACCAAGGCUAUCUCUGAUAUACCAAGUACCUUAUGUAUCACGAGUAUCAGAGUGCAAGGAGUAUUAAAGGUACAAUGUGGCCUCAUUUUAUGCGACCCGUCUAUAAGAAAACCAGGCCAAAGUGACCAACAGGAAUUCAUGCAUAAUGUCAUCAAAAUAAUUUAACACAAACAUUACGUAAACAAUACUAAGCAAUUUCUUUAUUUUCUGCUUACUACGAAUAUUCCGAAUACAAUCACUAAUUUUUAAUUAACGUUUUGCUAAAACAAAGGCAGAAAUGAUUUGAAAUCUUUAUUAUUGAAACAGAACAAAACCCUUUGACAUAUCAAGGAUGAACUAGUACGCCUGAGAUUGUAGCUUUAACAAACAAAACAUUUGUCUAGUUGUAGCAUGAGUCAUUUCGAAAAGUGCAAAUUUCACUGUAGAGGAUGUUGUUUCAGAUUUAUAUAAUGUUUGUGAAUUUCAGAGUUUCAGAAGGUAUUGGAAUUCGUAUUAUAUAUUAUGUCAUGGAAGACAUGCCUUAUGCUUCACAAAUUCCAAAAGUGAAAGAGGUAUUACGGCUGUUAAUAUAUUGUCACACAUGUAUUAUAUUAAAUGUAUAUAUUUUAUAUGUAUAUAUCAAACUGUUAACGUAAUGCUUUUAUAGUUCCAGAAUGCAUUGAAACAACAUAAACCCUGAAAUAAUGUAUCUGAAUGUAUCAACAAAAAGUAAUGACAUUCGAAAUCUAUUAAUAGUACGACACUAGUAAUCAAGCAGUGUAAAAUAGUUUCGGCUAUUACAGUUAAGUUACACAUUACAUACAUCAUGCUUCAAUUAUUAAUAAACAUUAUCACAGACUCUACAGGGAGAUAAUGAGUUAAACAUUUAUAAACUGUUACUGAUCUGUCUGAGGCGAAAACCACGUGAGAACUAACAUUGCCAGUGUCUCACAGUGCCGUAACGCUUUAAACGUGUUUUAUAUUACUAAGUUUGGCAAUUUCGAUGUGGUUUUCCGUCCUUGUGUUUGUGCUAGCUUCAUAUCCAAGUACACGUAUGCGAACUAGAAAAAGGUAUAUUCCUCGGGAACUAGGGUAUGUGACUUUAACACUUAGUCUAUAAAGUGUUAUUGUUAAAGUAGCAAAUUGUCUGGAAGAUCAUUCGUAAGCGAUGGCUUGUACAUCAAAACUUCUGACGUCCACGGAACUGCUGGAACCCCGUCUGUGAACUCACUAUGGAAAAAUGCAUAAUAUUAAAAAGAUCCCUUGCUGCUAGUGAAAAAAGGUAGUGGGUUUGCUCUAAGACUAUAUACAGUAUUUCAGAAUUAUCAAGUGUUUCACAUCCAGUAGUCGAUGCUUAAUAAAUCAAUAUGCUUUAUUGGUUUCGUUAAGCAAACCAAACAUUAACGUAAACAUCUGCAAAGUCAACGCCAGUAGCGGGCACUUCACGCCAUAUCCAUUGCUUCGUUUAGAACCUGAGGAUGCGUAAUGAGUGGGGCUAAUGAAGUUGGCUUUUUUUAGUUAUAAAUAACCAAUUACGUCAUCAGUAUGAGCAAGUUACUAUCAGUGUGUUCUUGUUUUUGUUUUUUAAAUUUGUAUAUACUGAACUAGUAUGUAUGUCAGAAAUAUUUCUAUAUUUGUAUGAACUGAACCAUUGUUUUAAAUAAAACUGCCUUUAGGGGUGAGAUAUUUCAAAGAAUAACUAUUGACUACGGUGAAAUAACCUUCACAGAACACCAUCAGUGGGGAAAGAACCUUUACAGAACACAAAAUAUCACCUGUGCUGACAGAACUUUCAGACAAUAUAAUAUUACCAGUGGUGAGAGCAUCUUCAGAGAACAUGUUAUCGCCAUUGGCGACCUUCAGAGAACAUACUUUUGCCAUUAGCGACCUUCAUAGAACAUGUUAUCGCCAUUGGCGACCUUCAGAAAACAUACGUUUGCCAUUAGCGACCUUCAGAGAAGAUGCUAUCGUCAGUUGUGAGGGAACCCUUGGAGAGCAUAUUUUGACCAGUGGGGAAAAAACUAUACAAAACAUGUUAUCGUCAGAGGUGGAGUAAAGAAAAUUUUGAGAACAUAUUAUUGGCAGAGAACAUUUAAAUAACAUAUAGGUCUGUUUUUAGACGUGUAGAAUAUACAAUCGCCAGUGGUGUGAGAUUUAAGAGACAAUUAUCACCACUAGUCAUAGAGUGAAAAGAACGUAUUAUCACCAGUGGUGAGAGAAGUGUAAGGAAUAUACCAUCUCAUUUCAAGUAUACUGAAUUUAAUGCAUGCUAAGGGCUGUGCCAGUACUGAUCACGUGGGUAGGCGGAAGACGCUUGCUAUUAUUAUUGUAUAUCUCAUUUGUCUGCUGCAAUGUUUUCUCUUAAUAUAUGGUUUUAAAAAACAAAUCAUUUUGUGACGGGUAUUCCUGAAUAAUUGCCUCUCGCUUUCCUUGUAUCAUCAAUUCUGGAACAACGCUAAUUUGGGUGAACGGCGUAUAUAUAUAUAUAUGCAUAUUGCUUGAAUCAUUUGUUUCAGACCAAUACUAAUGCAGCGGAGACUGUUAACAUUGUUACUUCUGUCAUUAACAGUCCGAGAAAUAUGAGCUGAAGUGUCGCACGCUUAAGCUGCCGCUGUCACAAUGAUGGAGGGCAUAGUAAUUGAUGUGAUUUAGCUGUUCUGCAGUUCGGUAAAUACUAUGCCAGACGACAGUUUUUAGUGGAGUGUUUAGUGUAACGUGUUUGAAGACUGAAAUACCUUUGCGGUUAUUUGGGUGUCAUGAAUAAUGCCAGUUUCUUUAGACAUACAUGCAAGAGUCAUUGGACGUCCUGGGGAGGACAAAUAUGUUGGUUGAUCUUUAAAACCCACACUAAACUUCUUUAUUUAAUAAAAUAUUUACAAACUUUGAA